AUUAACUGUUCUGUGUUCCUCUCUGUGUCGUAUAUUCUGGUAGCUGAAGUCACACAGAUGGAAAAAGGAGAUAAAACUGAAAAAGAAGUUACUGCAGUGGUAUUUGUCGCAUUGAAAAUGAAAACAGAAAACUUCUUUACUUUGAAGGGAGAUGUGGCUACAGAAGUGAUUCACUGUCCUAUAUAAAAAAAAGAGAUCCAUAAAGAAAGGGAAUUAAACAAAGUCUUAUAUUUAACAAAAGCAGUACGUUGGAGAAGAAAGACAAUAGCAAAAGACAUACACUUCUAUUCUUCAGACCAAAAAGCAAGAAGUGCAACAUGACUGAAGAAACUGUAUAUGCUGAUAUUAAAUUCAGGCAGUCAGCUGCUGGAAAACAAAGCAGCAAACCAGAAGGAAGUAAAGAAUCUGGUACAGCAAAGGAAGAAGCCUCUGCAAAAAAAGAUGAAACCAUUGUGACGGAAACUGCACCACAAAAGCUGGAAUCAUCUACCACAAAUCGAAUCCUCUUCUUCCUCUGUUUCCUCUGCAUCCUUUUCCUAAGCCUGGCCAUAGCUGCUACAUUGUUAUAUAUUCAAGAGAAGCACACAUAUGAUGAAUGCCAAAUGAAAAUAGAGACUCUAGAAAGAAAUAUUGCUGUCCUGUCUAAUACAACAAAUCAAUUAAGAAAUGCAUUCUGCAAGUCUUCUAAUGGAACCCAAUGCAGUUUAUUUCCUUGGGGCACCUCAAACUUUUCUGGCUGGACAACGUAUUUUGGGAACAGCAUCUACUUCUUCUCAAAUCAAACAUUAAACUGGAGCGACAGCAGGAAUGCUUGUCUAUCAAUGAAGGCAGAUUUAGUGGUCAUCAACAGUGAAGCCGAGCAGAUUUUUUUAAAGAACUCUUCAGUCAUAAACAAUAAACCUUUCUGGAUUGGAUUUACUGAUCAGAAAGAAGAAGGAAAGUGGUGCUGGGUAGAUGACCCAGCAUGCAA